AGACCAAUGCGCAGCGGGGUGAACCUGCCGAGGCAGCGAUGGGACGAGCACGGAGAAAUGACAGCUUGUGCAGGAAUUUAGGCUGAACUGCAUCCCAUCACAGACAGGACUGCAACUGUCGGUGCGGUCGAACUAUGUGACAGCUGGCAUUUCUCCCUCCAGAGGCGUUAUAUUUUUUAUUUAUUUUUAAAUCUAAGAAUGGAUCCGGUGAAAUGGGUGUUAAAGUUGACCCGGCGGUGUCCUUUGGAUGUUGCGGUGCUCCGUCUCAAACUGGACUAGAUUUCAGAGCUUGUGGAAAUGCUACCUCUCUCUCUGUGGGACGGGGAAACAAUUUGCAGCUAUAGUGGAGAAAUAACGGGAGCGGGUGUGAAGGAGAUAACGGAAUUACCUCUCUGACCGAACAACUGUGUGAGCCGCCGUUCGCUCUGAAUUUCUCCAGGAUUUGACCCUGCCGAAGACACUGGAGACUUUCCAGCGAAUUGUUUUAUAGGUAGACUUCUUUUUGCAUGUUGUUUUUGUCAGCUAAAAAUAAACCCCAAUUCAUGCAAUUGCACUGCAUGAACAGUUAAUCCGCACAUGUGUAAACACGUUCAGUAUAACGCUCUUAAAUCGUUAAAUUACACUUUUUGUUGUGAGGAAUCGAGGCUAUUGCGGAUUAAAUUAAUAAUGUGAGCGUCACCUCUGAGCUGCCAUUUGGCGUUUAUAGCUGUCCGCGUGCACUGUCCAGCAAGACAUUUUUGAUUAUGAUUCUUGUCACCAGCUGGACAUAGAGCUUUAGCCAGUGGAUAGUCCAGGGAUUAGCUGUUAAUGACAAAGAAUCACACAGAAGAGAAUAUGACGCCAAGAUGUAACAUUAGUAGGCCUAGUUUCUGUUAAUUAUUUAGCUCAUAAUUAACUUGAAACUUUUACGCGCAUCUUUCCAAUGGAUGCAUGUUGCCAAAAGGUCAAGUCUUUUUGUGAUAAAGCGCAUUUAGGAGGCAAUGACUUGUAACUUGAUAGCAUGAAAACAUAAGGAAAGUUAUUGUACCUGCGCUUGCUUGGUGAAGUUGCGUUUACGCACCGGAAAGCAUGCGCUCUACAAAUAUGAAGAUUUUCUAGGCCUGUCUUCUUCUUCUUUUCUGAAAGUAGUUUUGGAUCAAAGAUGCAUGGCUUUUGUAUGAGACAGUCUGCUAUAAAUAAGCACUUUUUUAAUCUGGUAAGCUAUUUUUUGGGGGGGGAGAACAUGCUGUGGAUCCAACUGAGGUGAUUUUCUUGCUGUUUCCAUGCGUCUUUCUUCUCCAGACCUCUGGACGUUGUUGUGGAUUGUGUUGCUAUUUAAUGCAAUGGGCUGCAUCCAGAGUAUCAAGUGUAAGCCCAAGAGUUUCCGAGACAGUAUCAUCAUCCUAGAAGUGAACAGUUCCAUCGACCCCAACCCCACCAGCAUCGACGAGUCAUCCAGCGUGGUUCUGCGCUACCGGACACCGCACUUCCGAGCUUGUGCCCGGGUCUUGGUGCCGCCAGUGGCCGGUAAAGAGACAUGGACCAUCGGCUGGAUUCAAGCUUGUAACCACAUGGAGUUCUACAAUACGUAUGGAAACAAAGGGAUGUCAAGUUGGGAGCUCCCCGACCUGCGAGAUGGCAAGAUCAAGGCCAUCAGCGACUCGGAUGGGGUCAACUACCCGUGGUACGGCAACACAACGGAGACCUGCACCGUCGUAGGCCCAACCAAGAAGGACAGCAAGUUCACCGUUAGUAUGAAUGACAAUUUCUACCCCAGCGUGACCUGGGGUGUGCCCGUCAGCGACAGCAACGUGCCUCAGCUUAGCAGCAUCCACCGUGACCAGAGCUUUACGACCUGGCUGGUGGCCAUCAACCAGGCCACCUCAGAGACACUCGUCCUGCAGACAAUCCGCUGGAGGAUGCAGCUUCACAUCCAUGUGGACCCAGAGAAGCCUCUGGGUCACAGGGCUGUUCUGAAUGAGCCUGUGGCCCAGGAACAGCCUCAGAUCCUGGGCAAGAAUGAGCCCAUCCCCACCAACGCCAUGGUCAAGCCCAACGCCAAUGAUGCCCAGGUGCUGAUGUGGCGGCCAAAGAAUGGUGACCCUGUGGUGGUCAUCCCACCCAAAUACUGACCAGACUGGCCUUGGAUACCUUAACAGUAUCAUCUCUUAUUUGUUCUUUCUUUUGUUCUUGCUCGUCACCAGCUCUCACUGCUUUAACCCUUCCCCUCUGUUUUGCCUCUAUAUUCUUCUCUCUUAUGUUUUAAAAAAACUGACAGAGAAAAAACAGGCAGAGACAAAUGAAACCAGCUCUGAGAAAAGACCAGCUGUUGCUUUGAGGUGGGGGCUUAAACACACUUUUAAAACUGGAGCGAACAAACUGCAACCAUUCUACCUUCGAACUGGGUCGGGUCGCACUGUGCUAAAUGAAAUCAUUGCAAAAAUGAAAAACUAGAGAAUUUCUUUGUUUUUUAUUUUAGUUUUAUAUUUUGGCUGUUUGGGCCAAGUGAUAUGGGGUUUGUGAGUGUGGAUGGAUUUAAGUAUUUACAUGACUAUGUCUGCAGACAUGCUACAUACAUGGAUAUGCACAAACCUUGUGUAUGAAUACUAGUUGUGUUUUUAUUUAUGGGUUGGAAGAGAGUGCAUUUAACUUUGUCAUUGUCGUCGUGUGCUUCACAUGAUGAACUGCAUUGGGUGACAUACUAGAUUUUAGUAUUUUUUUUAAAAACAUGCAAGACAUUCAAUCCAUGCUGCCUUAAGUUUACAUCACCUUCCACUGCAAACUUUUUCGCCUUAAACAAAGUGCAAUGCAGUAUUUUGCUCAUUUGUCCCGCCUCUUCCAGACUGCUGGUACUGGCAUGUGUGGGUUUAGGACAGGCACGAUACCACAGAAGAAGAUCCGGGUCUGAAGUCUAGGCUUUUAUGUUCAGUUGCAUUCACCUGACAAAUGUAUUGUCUCACGAGUAUAACCAGCAUUAUGCAUAGACACUGUUAUACAACCAAGCUCACUAGUUGUGUUUCAAGUGCAUUAUGCAACAAAAUGCAGAGAACAUCAGCAAAGCCAACCCUUGACAAUAGCACUCAACACAAUAACGUGCAAUAACAACUUGAGCAAAAAGUACAAAAAAAGCACUCCUCAGUUAACCUCAUUUCAUUCACUUUAUUCUGUUUAUAGGCUAUUGUAGCAUUCAACAUCUGAAAAGAAGUUUUCCUUUUUCUGUAUCACUCCAUCUCAGGGCCCCUUUUUCACUUCCUUCCCUUCUCUUUUUUCAUCCAUCCUGUCUGGCCUACUCUUUAUUGCCACAGUGAGUAACUAAGUGUUUGCAUUGCUCACAUUGAACAAUCAAUACUUUGAUUAAUAAGCAGCCGCAGAGAGGAUAAAUAACUCUUAAUAACUGGAGAAUAAAAACAGCAGGAGAUAUGCUGUGCUGUUUGUUAUCUUUUCUCCACUCGUCUGACAAUCUUAUACACAUUGUAUUUAUUAUGGUUGCCUUCCUUUAAAAUCAAUAACAUCCCUUUUCUUUAUAUUAUAUUAAAAUCAAAACAUGUCUCUCUCAUGUUGAGUUUUUGUCCCUCAUCCUCAAUCAUCUGUAAUCUUCAUCUACACCAGUGUUCUUCCUCCCACUCCUCCCCUUCCUCCCCCUUGCCUUCCCCUCUUCUUUCUCUCGUUUCUUUUAUCUGUUGUCGAGGCUGAAAAACAGAGCAGGAGGCAUGCAAGUUUGAUCCUGACUGCUCAGUUGGCAUAUAGAUGACCCAGUUCUCUGCUUUGCCAGUUGUAGCUCUCGCUGCAGAAAUGUGGGGCUUGUCUCCCCUUUACUUCACCGCCAGCAAAUGAAAGACACAAGCACACGCAUAAACAAGCAGCUCUGGUCAGCUAAAUACCAACAUUAAAUGAGAUGAUGCCCAUUUAACUGUAAAUCUUUGAGAAGGGCUUUAGCUGCAAACUGAAAACUAUUUUUAAAGGCUGAAUUUAGCAUCUGGGCCUUUUCUCUCCUUAUCUUGGGAAGCCAAAAUAUGGGUACAAAGUUAUUUAUGUACAUAUACUUUUUAAAAAUCAGUUAAUGAGCUCUGUAAGACUUUGUUCUGUUAAUGGCCAGUUUUUCACUUUCAGAUGUUACAAACACCUUCCAAGUUCACUGUGCUUCAACCAAAGAAAUAAUUUGCAUGCAAGUCUUUUCAGCUCAUGUAUUUCACAAAGAUCAGUCAGCUGCUGCUGUUUCAGUGCAUUAGCAUCUCCUUACUAUCGACUGUACAAAGCAUUCAUCCAUCAAACUUGGUUCAUACCACAUUUUUUUUUGUGUUGUUUAUUGUGUCCAUUCUGCCAAUACAAAACUAUGACUUAUUUUGUGAUUUUACUCAGUAGUACUUUGAAUACUUUACUGAAUUACAUGAAAAGAUCUAUACCACUCUCAUGUCUGUAUGCUAAAUAUGAAGCUAUAGCCAGCAGUUAGCUUAGCAUAGCAAGACUGGACAGCUAAAAUAUGCCUACCAGCACCUCUAAAGGUCACUAACAAGUGUAAAAAUGACAAGUUGUGGCUUUACAGGGGGUGUUUCCCAUCUUUAUGCUAAGCUAAGCUAACCGUCUCUUGGCUGUAGCUUCAUAUUUGGCAGACAGAUAUGAGUGGUAUCAAUCUUUUCAACUAACUCUUGGCAAGAAAGCAAGUAAAAUCUCUGAAUAUUUCUUUAACCAUGAGUGGAGUGGUUUCCAGUGUAAAUCCAAUGGCAUGAAAACACAGUAGAAUGGAAUGACAACGUUACACUCUUUGGAGAAUUAGCUAGCUAAAGAAUUAGCUAGCUGCUCUGCAGAGCACCAUGUAGAUUUGUGUAGUAAAAGUCAAAUAAAAUCUAGCUGAACCAGAGCUCAAACAUCAAUUCAUGAUGUCUAUUUGAUGCCACCAGCUAAACGGCUUUGUUCACAUUAUAACUACAUUGUAAGUUCACAUGCGGCUACUCCUGCAGACACUCCUGUUGGCCUCUGCUCCAGGCAGGGUCGCAGGGCAUGGGUGAAGGAGAAGAGAAGUUAAAAGGGUAUUGGGGGACUGCUGUCAUAAUUAGAUGUGCAGUGACACACUUACAUGCCCUAGAUGGACUGAACUGUGACUGAACAGUCGUGCUAUGCAACGGCUAACUAGAGUCAUGGGUGAGGUUUAAGUGAGGUCAACUAGCAAAGGUGAGGGUCAAAGUGUUUGUGUGAGGGGAGCUGUCAAAGUCCUAAAAUGUACUUUAUGAACUCAGUGAUCUUUCACCUAACGUAGUAUGGGGCCAUUUUUGUUUCGUGGACUGCCUCGUAAUGUCUUGCUAUGACCUAUGGAUACUGUGGAUAAUACUCAAGCUGGACUACACGUAAUGUAAUUAAACCUUGACAUGCAGAGUGGCCCGUACUCACAGUAUGUGUGUGUGUGUGUGUGUAUAUUUAUGUGAGCGUGUGUGUUAAAUCCCAUUUGAGGGAUUUAAGCAGGAUGAGGAGUUUCACUGAUGUGCUUCUGCUGUUGUCGAGUCAUGAUUCUUUCUCUGUCUCACUCACGCACACGCACGCGCACACACACACACACACACACACACACACACACACACACACACACACACACAGUGCAGGGAAGGUAACGUCCUUGUCAUAAAAUAGGGGCAGAGCUUGUCCUCACACACACACACACACACACACACACACCCUGAGGGGAAAGAAGCAGGCCUGGCGUGGUAUCUGAUUGUCACAGCAGUGUCACAUUGGCAGUGUGAACUCAUUUAUCAGCCCUGCACGUGGACCAUCUGACACAUGCACAUGCUACAAAGCCAUAUACACAAACACACUUAUUUACUAAUAAACAGGAAGAGAUAUAUGUAUCUUUUGUGUUGUUAAACUACAGUGAGUAGGUUUAAAUAUGAAAGAGAAAUGGAAGUAUUGAGGUCAUUGAGUGGGUACAUGUCAACUAUCAACAGCAUUUCAUGUUAUAUUGUAGGAAAAGGGCACUGUCACUAACUGUGUCUGAAUUUGUUAAAGAUGUGUAUUUUAUGUUCACACAACAAAAGAAGUUCAUAGAUGCUUUAUGUUCUUCGUUAACUAAGCCAGAAAAACAAAAUCAUAGUUUGUUAGCUGUACAGAGGGCAAAAAGUGCCAAAAUUGGACAAAGCCAAAACUAUGAAAACUCAAAAACCUCUUGGCACUGAAUAAUAGGCCUGUUUUAGUUGUUUUUAAUCAUUAAAUGCAUUUAGCAUAUUUGUAUUUCCAUAGCAACUUCAUUAAUGUAAAAUGUAGCCAUGUGAAAGCUUAUUGGUUGUACUGUUUUCUGCUUGUAGGGCUGUGCCAAGUGAAUGAAAGCCUCUUCUCCUAAAUCCACACCAUUACAGGUCUUCUGAGGGCUGCUACCUUUGCUUCAGAUCUUUAUGUGGUUAUUUAACCCCCAUGAGACAUCAGUGAAUGAUCAUCCCUUUAUGUAAACCAAUAAGUUCACACUCAGGACCACCUGCCUUCAUUUCCUGGCUUUGACUUUUGGUUUUAUCCCAUGAAAAAGAAAACUUAUCAAUUCAUCUCGCUGUUCUCCUUACUUCAAAAAUUAACAUAGUCCCAUGGUUUAUAUACAACCCUAAAUGUAGCACACAAGGUAAUAUGAGCGACUGUAUGUUUCUCAUUUUGUUUGGUUUGUUUUAUGGAAAUACAGCACUGAAAUCGUUAAAGCAGUUUGUGUUCUUUUGUUCAGCUUUGACUUUUACACCAAUACUUGAAAAUGGGUCAGUUCUGGCAAAUAUUUAAAACUGUGAAAAUGCACAACACUGGGGAAACAACCCCUGAAAAAAAAAAUAUAAAAAGUAUUUUUCAUGAAUGAAUAAAAUGUACAAAUAUUA